UAAGAUUUAUUUUAAUAUAAUGAAUAUAGUGUACAAAAAACUUUUCAAAAAUUUAUGAAAAUAUUUAAGCCCGCAUCGCGGACAAAACACCUAGAUAAACAAAAUAUAGAAGAAUUAUCUUUUUAAAAACUAAUAAUAAUAUUAUUAAUAGAAAUUCGUUUUUGAUUAUAUAGUUAAUUAUAUAUAAAUUCAUUAAGGAUAGUAUAGAGAUUAACCGCUCUAACAUUUAAUGUGAAAGUUCUAUAUAUAAAAAUUCAUUAAGGGUUUUAAAUUUUAUAAUUAAAUAUAUGUUUUAAGAUAACAACAAAAUAUAUAAAAAUUAUCUUUUUAAAAAUUAAUAAUAAUAUUAUUAAUAGAAAUUUGUUUUUGAUUAUAUAGUUAAUUAUAUAUAAAUUCAUUAAGGGUAGUAUAGAUAUUAACCGCUCUAACAUUUAAUGUGAGAGUUCUAAAUCUAAAAUUUAUUUCGCAAAUAAUAGUAUAGAUUUCAUUGUAAACUCUUUUACUGCCGAUAUACAAUUAUACAUGUCCUACUCCUAGCCAGGUUAUGAUUUUAUAAUUAUUCACAUCGAGGUGGUCUAUGUGUCACUUACAUCGUACUACCCCAUCUCUUUUCUUUAUAAGUCCCCUCCACUCUUUAUCUCUGUGUCCAUCAUCAUACUUUCUAGAGACUUCUUCUUCUUCUUCCUCUCUUUCCUUGAUUUUUGAUGGCACUGUCUCUUCUCUCAUACGACGUUACUGACCUCUGUCUCGGCAAGCCUCCUCUCCGUUGUCUCUCCGCCUCUUCCUCCUCCGUAUCCGACGCCAUCGCUGCCCUCAAAUCCUCUGACGAUCCUUUCCUCUCCGUCUGGAACUGCAAUCACGACCAUGAUGAUGUGGCAGAGUGCGAGUGUCUGGGAAAGAUAUCAAUGGCUGACGUCAUCUGCCACUUGUCCAAAGACGAAGUCCACACACUCUCUGCGUUGAACUCGCCUGUCUCUGUUCUUCUCCCGCCAACUCGCUCCCUCGUCCUCCAUGUUCAACCCUCCUGCAGCUUAGUUGAAGCCAUUGAUCUGAUAAUCCAAGGAGCACAUAAUCUGAUUGUCCCGAUCCAGACAAAGACCGCCACCAAGAAGAGACAGCAAAACGACAACGUUUCACACACCACCACCACCACCCACUCGAACGGACAAAGAUUCUGCUGGAUCACACAAGAAGAUAUCGUACGCUUCCUCCUCGGGUGCAUCGCCGCGUUCUCUCCUCUGCCUUCGAUGUCAAUCUCCGAUCUCGGUAUCAUCAACAGCUCGCACGCAAUUCUCGCCGUCGACUACAACUCCUCCGCCUCCGCCGUCGUCUCCGCCAUCUCCCGCGCUCUCGCCGACCAAACCUCCGUCGCGGUUGUCGACAACGAGGGAGAUGAUUCACUGAUGUACCUGAUCGGAGAAAUCUCUCCGAUGACACUGACUUGCUGCGACGAGACAGCUGCGGCGGCGGUGGCGACGCUCUCCGCCGGGUACUUGAUGGAGUACUUAGACGGUGUGAAUCCGCCGGAGAGCCUCGUCCAGGAAGUGAGAGAGCGUCUGGAGAGCAAGGGACAGAUUGGUUUGCUCUCGCUUUUGGAUACUCUCUCGCUCUCGUCGUCGCCGACGUCGGGGUACUCGUCGGAUGAAGAGUCUCCGGCGAGGUCGUUGGGGAGGUCGAUGAGUAUAUCGACGAGAAUGGCGAGGAAGGCGGAGGCGGUAGUGUGUAAUCCUAAGAGCUCGUUGAUGGCGGUGAUGAUUCAGGCGAUUACUCACCGUACGAAUUACACGUGGGUGAUUGACAAAGAUGGCUGUUUUGUUGGCAUGGUUACUUUUGUUGAUAUCUUAAAAGUUUUUAGGAAAUUUUUGUAGAUAUCCUUUUUUUUUUUGUCAAUUACUAAAACCCAGCAAAAAAACAAUAAAAUGUGUUGUUAAGGGUUUUUUUUGGUUGUGUGUGUUGUGGAUGAGCCGGUUGGAGUUUGCUAUUAAUUAAAAAGGAACAAAAUUAUUUUCGUUUGUUUAAAUA